UACUUCCAAACCUUAUGGGCUUGUGACUGGGAAUGGCAGAGGAAGAACCCCACUGAUGAAGGGUAAAGGAGCCCCCCCAAUAGACCUGCCUUUUCUCCUACAUUGAGUUCACCCUUCCCAGACAGGAUGCGGCAGCUGUGGGGGUGUGUGCUGGUCUCUGCCCUGGCUCUGGCCACCUUCUCUGAAGCUUCUCCAAAGCCGGCUCUGCUCCAGGACACUCCUCCAGGCCCAGAAGCCAGCAGGAGCCUGGGACUGGGCUUGCCAACGCCCCUGGGCUCUCCUUCCCACCACCGGAGACAACUCCGUCCCCAGGAGCUUCCUCACCUCAAGACAGACCUAUCCAAGAAGCAAGGACCAUGGCUGGAAGAGGAUGAAGCUUAUGGCUGGAUGGACUUUGGACGUCGCAGUGCUGAGGAGAGGGACCAGCUCCCCUAG